AUGAAGCUCUUAUCAGACGAAGAAUCCACUGCCCACAGAAACGCCACGCUUAUUGGUUGCGCCAAGGGUGCUGUCUUGGGUGCAGCUAUUUCCACCAGUAUUUUCACCUUGGGUGUCAAGAGAUGGCCCGCUAUUCGCAGAUUGAAUACUUCGAUCAAGACGGCCAUGUGUGUUAUGCCCCCCCUUGCCUGUUUUUCGGUGUGGGGUGAGCUCGCAUCCUUGGCGUUUGACGAAGAUUUCUACCAGUCCGAGAAAAAGAGGCAGGAUAUGAUCGAAGCACAGAAAUACUGGAAUGCCAUGGAUACCAAACAAAAGUGUAUUCACACCUUAUCCACUAACAGAUACUCGAUUCUCGGUGCUUCAUGGGUCGGUUCUAUGUGGGGUUCCUGGGCUCUUGUCAACAGAGAUCCAAUCAUGACCAAAGCGCAGAAGAUUGUUCAAGCCAGAAUGUACGCCCAGGCAUUGACCAUUGUUUUGUUAAUUGGGACCGUGUACUUGUCUAUGUACGAAGAAGAGCAUGGAAUAAACCACGAGAAUAAUGACAGCAAGAAUCAGUGGAAGAGGAUCAUUGCCGAAGCCGAAGCCAAGGGUAAGGCCAAGGCCGAUGCUGAAGCUGCUGCCGCUGUCUAA